CUUACAUAACAAGCGAGGCAUCACACACCCGAUCAUAUCAUCCAGGCCAGGCCAGCUCGGUACCUCCCCUUAAGCCUAAGCCUAGGCAUUAAUUCUUACAAACUGCAUGCUCAUGUUCUGCUCUGGAUAAAUAACAGCAAGUGUAAGAAAAAAUGGGUCGUUUAGCUGGAAAAGUUGCAGUUGUGACGGCAGCUGCCCAAGGCAUUGGAAGAGCCACUGCUCAGGCCCUUGCUCGAGAAGGUGCUACUGUUCAUGCGACAGAUAUUAAUCUGGAGAAGCUGAAUGAACUCAAGGAUACGAAAGGUCUCACUGUGAGCAAACUAGACGUCACAAACAAGGAGGAGGUGACAAAAUUUCUGGCAGGAAUUCCCAAAAUUGACAUUCUCUUCAACUGUGCAGGAUUUGUCUUCAAUGGCACAGUUCUGGACACGGAGGAAAAAGACUUUGACUUUUCUUUCAACUUGAACGUCAAAUCCAUGUUCUUCCUCGCAAAAGCUGUCUUGCCUAAGAUGUUGGAACAGAAUAGUGGCAGUAUUAUCAACAUGUCUUCUGUGGCAUCAAGUAUAAAAGGUCCUCCCAACAGGUGCUUGUAUUCAACAACCAAGGCAGCGGUGAUAGGUUUCACCAAGGCAGUGGCUGGAGACUUUGUCUCCAAGGGGAUCCGAUGUAACGCCAUCUGUCCCGGGACCAUAGAUACACCCUCCCUUCAUCAGAGAAUGGAAGCUACGGGGGAUAAGGAGCAGGCCAUGAAGUCAUUCCUUGCCCGUCAGCCCUCGGGUAGACUUGGUACUCCUGAGGAAGUCGCCAAUACAGUAGUCUUUCUCGCAUCUGAUGAGUCCAGCUUCAUCACCGGGUCCGAAAUCAAAGUAGACGGAGGAUGGGCCAAUUAAACCUGAAGAUGGCCUGUGAAGAAGACCAGGACUUGCAGGGCCGGUAUUCAAUUCAUUACUUGGCAUAUUAAAGUAAGAAAUUUACUAAGUAAAUGUCUAAGCUAAGAAAUUAACUUAACUCGUAUUCAAAUCGCAUUUUAAAGUGUGUGAAUCUAGACAAUCUUUGCUUUAAUAAUAAUAAUGGCCUGUGAAGAAGACCAAGACUUGCAGGGCCGGUAUUCAAUUCAAUACUUGGCAUAAGUAAGAAAUUUACUAAGUAAAUGUCUAAGCUAAGAAAUUAACUUAACUCGUAUUCAAAUCGCAUUUUAAAGUGUGUGAAUCUAGACAAUCUUUGCUUUAAUAAUAAUAAUGGCCUGUGAAGAAGACCAAGACUUGCAGGGCCGGUAUUCAAUUCAAUACUUGGCAUAAGUAAGAAAUUUACUAAGUAAAUGUCUAAGCUAAGAAAUUAACUUAACUCGUAUUCAAAUCGCAUUUUAAAGUGUGUGAAUCUAGUGUGUGAA